GGAUUGAGUGGAGCUUAGAUAAUGAUGCAUCAAAUGUUGCUGUUUUGGUUGCAAGUGAAGCCCAUGCAAUAACUUUGGCAAUCGAGGGUCUGUUGGGAGUUGUUUUCACGGUUGCUACUUUAACAGAUGAAGCAGUGGAUGUUGGUGAACUUGAAUCCCCCAAAGACGAUUCCGACCCACCUGCGAAGUGUACAGGGAAAACUGCAGUUCUCUGCAUGUCGAUGGUUGAUUCAAUGUGGUUGACCAUACUUGAUGCAUUAUCCUUGAUAUUGACAAAGUCCCAAGGAGAGGCCAUUGUGUUGGAGAUUUUAAAGGGUUAUCAAGCAUUCACUCAGGCAUGUGGGGUUCUUUGUGCCAUAGAACCUUUAAAUUCUUUCCUAGCGUCACUUUGUAAAUUUACAAUCAAUAUACCCCAUGAAGCUGAGAAGAGGAGUCUUAAAUUACACCCUAUUCAACAAUCUUCACUUGAGGUAGGGCAUUCUUAA